UAAACCGGUUUGUGCUGAUGGGCUCGUUUCCUUCUGAUCCAUCCAUGUGUACGAGACACACACAAACACACCCUCGCCACAGACUCCUUCUGUCCUGCAGUCUUGUCCUUCCUUGGGCUUCAGAUGGCUUAGCAGGUCUUUAAUCUGUCCUCUGAGUGACAUCACCCUACCAGACCAGGACAGUGGGGGGGAGAGAGAGAGAGGGGGAGGAAAAAAAACAAGAGGUGGUUUAGUGGAGGUGAAUUAUCUCAGCAGUGAAGCGGACCAGACUCAGCAGGCGUGCAGAGGAUCACUCGGACAGAGUCUGUCAGGACCAUGGCAGCUGACGCAGCACAGGAGGACACGCAUAUGGACGAGCUGGUGGACCAGGGACUGGGGAUGGAGGAGACGACCCACUGCCUGCUGAGGAGGCCCUCACUGAAGGAGAGCUACCACAGCGACUCACUGCUGGCACCGGACACCGACUUCAUGACAGAUGACCACAGUUCACUAGCCAGUGGUCUGGAUGUGGCUGACCGGCUGACCUACCUGGAGCAGAGGAUGCAGAUGCAGGAGGAUGAAAUCCAGCUGUUGAAGAUGACUCUGGCUGACGUCCUCAAGAGGCUCAACAUCUCUGAGGAGCACCAGGCAGCUUCUGCCUCUGCUGCUGCUGCCAGGAAAGCACCAGGCGCUAAACCCAGGCCAGUAUCUCUGGCUCUGCCCUCUAGACCGCCCAUGGUGACCCACAGCUCUGCCUCCCUGAAGAAGAGCACCACACUGCCCUCCAGCCCUACAGCCAGGAACUACAGCCCAGUACCACCUCGCAGUGGUGUGAGGAGUCCAGCAGGCAGUGUGAAGGACAGUGCAUGUAAAACUGCCAAGACACGACCCACAUCUGCAGCAUCCACGUGUAAAAAAGCCCAGGAAGGCCAGUCCAAGGAGGCUGCAGGAAGUGCAGGGUCAAGGCGUGUGACACACUGCAAAGUGACUAUGCAGAUCUAUCUGAGCCCCCAAGCAAGAAAGACUGGGUCUUCUGAGACGGCCAAAUCCACGUCGGCGGUGCCGGCAAACAGCCGCCCAGCAGCCGCUACCAACACCGCCGCACAGGGGAAGGAGAAACUGAGCAAGAAGGAGACAAGGAGGCCACCACCGUCCUUGACCUUGAACCUGAAGAAAUCCACCCACAGUCACUCCACACAGCAGGAAACCUCCAGCUACAGGAGCCCCGUCAAGUCGCCCAGCCACUACUUUCAGAUUUGUUACUGAGUAAACACAGAUUUGCCCCCGACAGAGUUUGUGAACCCAAACUCAAGUGAAACAAAGCUGCAAAUGCAUCAUUUAUUCCACUGUUGAAUAAACAAGGCUCUGUGUUGAUGUCAGUGAUGAAGGAGCUGCGUCUCUCACUGCAGUGACUGUUGUUGUUUUUCCUCUAGGGGUCACUCUGACUUUGUUGUGUUUGGGUACAAACAUGAGCACUUACGACAUUUCGAAGCACUUCCAUUUUAAAAAGAAAAAACAAGUUCAGUGUUUUAUGGCAGUCAUAUAUUUUUUAUAAAUAUUUAUUUGAGGAAUCGCGUGAAAGGUCCAGUGUGUACUAUUUAGGAUGGUUUUUUUUUGACUGAAAUGUACUACUCUACAUGUAUUGUAUUGUAUUAAUGUAUACUUUUUUCAUAGCCUUAGAAUAAACCUUUUGUUUGUACUUAAACCAUGUUUUUUACAGCAGAACCACAUACUUAUUGGUAUGUAAAGGCCACCGUAGUUCCCUGACGUGCUGGAGAAAGAGAGGCGUGAGCACAUGAGUCCUGUAUUUGUUGCAGUCUGCAGUCUCACCAUUAGAUGUCAC